GCUCUCGUAGUAAGCUAGCGCGAGGGUGAGAGCCAGGCUUAGUAGCUGUGUGAGUGAGCGGCGUGCGCAGGGAUCACACUGUACUAUUAUCGCGAACACACAAUACAGAUUCAAUAUGGCAAAAGGGGACCCGAAAAAGCCGAAAGGCAAGAUGUCUGCUUAUGCCUACUUUGUGCAGACUUGUCGUGAGGAACACAAAAAAAAGAGUCCUGAAAUCCCGGUUAACUUUGCUGAGUUCUCAAAGAAAUGCUCUGAAAGAUGGAAGAUAAUGUCUGUGAAAGAGAAAUCAAAGUUUGAUGACUUGGCAAAAGUGGACAAAGUAAGAUAUGACAGAGAAAUGAAAGAUUAUGGCCCAGCUAAGGGAGGCAAGAAAAAGAAGGACCCCAAUGCACCAAAGAGGCCACCAUCUGGAUUCUUCAUCUUCUGCUCAGAUUUCCGUCCCAAAAUUAAAUCCACAAAUCCUGGUAUCUCUAUUGGCGAUGUUGCAAAGAAAUUGGGUGAGAUGUGGAACAACCUAAGUGACAGUGAGAAACAGCCCUAUAACAACAAGGCAGGGAAGCUGAAGGAAAAAUAUGAGAAGGAUGUUGCGGACUACAAAUCCAAAGGCAAAGUUGAUGGUGCAAAAGUGGCUCCCAAGAUGGCUCGAAAAAAGGUAGAGGAGGAAGAUGAUGACGAUGAAGAAGAUGAGGAGGAUGAAGAGGAUGACGACGAGGAUGAUGAAUGAAGUCCAUUCUGUUCAUGUGAAUAUUAUAGAGUAGGGGAACCACCUCUAGCUGCCAUCUUCUGAUGGUCGACAGCCCUUAUUAGGUCUAAUUGCAAAAAUUGGGUUCUGAUGUCAUAGUUUCAAAAUUAUGCUCUUGGAGUUGUAACUGGUUUACAUUAUGUAGCCGUGUGUGUAAAACUGAGCAAUCUGAAACUGUUUGAAAGUUGUACAUAUUUCCAAACAUUUUUAAAGCAAAAAAAAAAACAGGCGCUCUAGUGUUCUCCUCACUCUGCACUUUGCUGUUGGUGUAUCAAAGCAUUUAAAAAUGUUUCAAGCAUUUUUUUUUUUUUAUUUUAUUUAAGGUGUUAUUGAUUAGAAAAAUCCUGGGUUAUAAACUGUACAUAUCUAUUCUGUAAACUAGACAAAUUCCUAUGGUGCAUAUAAUUUGGAGCUGUUGGUACUGCCGGGAUUUUAAGAACCUCCCUGGUUUGUAAUAUCCCUUUUUAGGGUUUACCACUAGCCCAGAGCAUGCACGUCAAGAUUUACACUACAUUGGGCGUCAAGUUAGCUUAAAAGUUGUCUUUUCUGUAUAUAGUGAAAUAGCAUUCUACCGUUAGUUGUCGAAGGGGGUUCAGCUGGCAUGAGAAACGUAUGGGGUGUUUUUUUUUUUUUUUUUUUUUUUUUUUUUUUUUUUCUUCCUUCAGUUGAGUACACUAGUUUUUAAACAUACUGUAGACACAUCUUCACUGACUGAAGUGGAGGCCGAGUACAGGUUUGCAGAGUUCAAAAACAUUGUGCUUACAUAUUGCAUUGUUCUGUUUUUGUUUUUAUGUUUAGAAUGCUGAAAUGUUUUUGAAGCAAAUAAAACAGUAUUACAUUUUUAA